UUGUUGUCUCCAUUUUUUUCCCUCCGCCACCCGAAAAUAUCUCUUUCUAUUUCUCUUUCUCUCUCUCUCCUCUAACUAACUUUCUCUUUCAUUUCAUUUCUCAAUUCAAAACUUCUCUUUCUCUCUCUUCAAUCCACUCACAAUGCUAUGAAGAAUCCCAAUCUCAUCAUCGAUCCAUGUCGUCGGAAAACGAUCCAUUUCACCCGACGCCGUCUCCGGCAUCAUCCAAAUCAAACAAACUUCAGAAAACCCCUCACAUUCUGAAUCGACGAACCGCAUCAUCAUCCAACAAUGAAAUCAUCGUCGACGAAGGCGGCGAAGAAGAGAAGAAUAAGAAUAAGAACAAGUAUAAGGUUCAGGUUCAGGAAGAAGAAGAUGAAGAAGACGUUGUUUUUGUACCUCAACGUCAAUUAGAACGCGCUGAAUCUUCUUAUUCUUCUUCCAUUUUGCAAGCUUCUUCGUUAGGUCUUAAUCAAAUUCGAACGCGAUUCUCUUCGCCUCUUCGUCAUUCUUCUUCUGCAGGUGCUCCUUCUUUCGCCGGUGUUCCUGUCAAUAUCAACAAUGUCGCUAAAUCUAGAUCCAAAUAUUCAUAUCCGAAAGACCUAGGGGAAAAGGUUCAUUGGAAUUCGAAAUCGUUGAAAGCUUAUUCACAACGCCUCCCUGUGUUGGAGGGUAACAAUGCAGCUUUGGCCAAAGAAAUACAAUCCCCACGUUUUCAGGAAAUCCUUCGACUUACGAGUCAAAAUAAAAGAAACCGUGAUAUUAAAAGCUUUUCUCAUGAACUCAACUCCAGAGGAGUUAGGCCUUAUCCAACGUGGAAACAUCGUGAUCGUGGGCAUAUGGAGGAAGUCAUGGUGGCGAUUAAAGCUAAGUUUGAAAAACUAAAGGAAGAAGUUGAUAUUGAUUUGGGUGUUUUUGCUGGUGAUUUGGUGGGUACUCUUGAAAAAAUAUCUGGGUCUCACUGUGAAUGGAAAGAGGGGUUGGAAGAUUUGUUGGUUGUUGCCCGACAAUGUGCAAAGAUGUCACCUGCUGAGUUUUGGAUCAAAUGUGAAACUAUUGUUCAAAAACUAGACGAUAAACGUCAAGAAAUACCAGUUGGGAUCCUCAAACAAGCUCAUACACGCCUGCUGUUUAUUCUCUCCAGGUGCACUCGUCUUGUGCAAUUCCAGAAGGAAAGUGGUUGUGAACAAGAGCACGUUCUUGCUCAACACCAACUCAGCGAUCUUGGAGUAUAUCCAGAGAUAAUUGCAAAGGCUGCAGAGAAUUGCAAUCUUCCACCUAGUGCACUUGAGAUAGCGGAGCAGAUAAAAAAGUCACAUGGAAAAGAGCAAGAAGAAUUUAUAACAAAACAAAGUCAAGCUGACCAAGAUGCAAGUGUUGUUAUUGACAAUGUAGAGGUUAAUACAGCUAAAAGUACUGAGUCAACUCCUGGCAGUUAUAAGAUGUCUUCUUGGAGAAGGUUUCCAUCUGCUGCUGAGAAAACCCGCGUAGGUCAAGAGGUGGUGAAAGAUGAAAAUGCUGAACACUUGGAUACAUCGUCGUGUCAUCGUGAACAUUCUCAGACGUCAUCUAGGACGCGAAAACUUUCUUGGGGAUACUGGGGAGAUCAGCAAAAUCUACCAUAUGAUUAUUCAAAUUCAAAUAUGAUCUGCAGGAUUUGUGAGGUUGAAAUACCAAUCAUAAGUGUGGAGGAGCAUUCUCGAAUAUGCACAAUUGCUGAUAAAUGUGAUUUGAAAGGCUUAACUGUAAAUGAACGGCUUGAAAGAGUUUCUGAAACUAUUGAAAGGUUACUUGAAUCCUGGACACCAAAAAGCACACCUAAAAGCACUGAUACUCAUGGAGAAAGCUUCGAGGUUGCGAGAGUGUCAACAUCAAGUUUGCACGAAGAGUUCAAUGAGUUAUCUCUAGAAAGAAAUAACUUGUCUCAUAGAUGCUCCGAAGACAUGCUUUACCCUGCUCAUGAACGUGAUAAUAGUUUUGUUGUGGAUGAUCUAAACCUUUCACCCGAAAUAUCAUGUGAUACUCAUAUCUGCUGCAAACCUGAUCAUAGUGCAAAUGUAUCUUCACCUGGAAGCUUGACACCACGAUCACCGUUGGUUACACCAAGAACAAGUCAAAUAGAAAUUUUACUAAGUGGAAGAAGACCAAUAUCUGAACUUGAGAGUUAUGACCAGAUAAACAAGCUAGUUGAAAUUGCUCGUGCUGUUGCAAAUGUGAACAACUGUGACUACAGUACUUUGGAGUAUUUGCUUGAUCGUGUGGAAGACCUGAAAUACGUAAUUCAGGACAGAAAAGAGGAUGCACUUAUUGUGGAGACUUUUGGUCGACGAAUAGAGAAACUUUUGCUGGAGAAAUAUGCUACCCUUUGUGGACAAAUAGAAGAUGAAAGGGUAGACUCAUCAAAUAGCAUGGCUGAUGAAGAGAGUUCAGUGGAAGAGGAUACAGUCCGUAGCCUUCGUUGUAGCCCAAUGAAUCCUUGUUCUAAGGACAGGACAUCUAUUGAAGAUUUUGAAAUAAUAAAACCAAUAAGCAGGGGUGCAUUUGGACGAGUUUUUCUUGCCAGAAAAAGAGCGACUGGUGAUUUAUUUGCUAUUAAGGUUCUGAAAAAGGCAGAUAUGAUUCGUAAAAAUCAAGUUAAAGGUAUUUUGGUUGAGCGAGACAUCCUUAUAUCUAUUCGAAACCCUUUUGUGGUACGAUUUUUCUAUUCGUUCACAUGUAGAGAAAAUCUUUAUUUGGUUAUGGAGUAUUUGAAUGGUGGAGAUCUCUAUUCUUUGUUGAGAAACCUGGGUUGCUUAGAUGAAGAUAUGGCUCGUGUAUAUAUUGCAGAACUUGUUCUUGCGUUGGAGUAUUUGCAUGCCAACAGUAUUAUUCACAGAGACUUGAAGCCAGAUAACUUAUUGAUUGGUCAAGAUGGUCACAUUAAAUUGACAGACUUUGGACUCUCAAAAGUUGGUCUCAUCAAUAGCACGGAUGAUUUAUCAGCACCCUCAUCUUUCACUAACGGUUUUUUAGGCGAUGAUGAACAAAAACCUCCACAUGUUCCGAAAAGGGAAGCACGUCAACAACAAGGAGUAGUUGGCACUCCUGAUUAUUUGGCACCCGAAAUACUUCUGGGCAUGGGACAUGGUGCAACUGCAGAUUGGUGGUCGGUGGGUGUCAUACUUUAUGAGCUUCUUGUGGGUAUUCCACCUUUUAAUGCAGAACAUCCACAGCAAAUUUUUGAUAACAUAAUUAACAGAGACAUACAAUGGCCAAAGUAUCCUGAGGAGAUCAGCUUUGAAGCAUACGACUUGAUGAAUAAAUUAUUGAACGAAAACCCAGUACAAAGAUUAGGUGCAACAGGAGCUACGGAAGUUAAAGGCCAUGCUUUCUUCAAGGAUAUUAACUGGGAUACGCUGGCAAUGCAGAAGGCUAUGUUCAUACCAUCGGCUGCUGAAUCUCAAGAUACAAGUUAUUUUGAGAGCCGCUACAUUUGGAAUCCAGAGGAUGAACAUUGUGCUGGAGCUAGUGAUUUUGAUGACAUUACCGAAUCAUGCAGCAGUGGUUCAGGAAGCGGCGAUUCAUUAGAUGAAGAUGGUGAUGUCUGCGGGAGUUUAAAAGGAGGGUUCAACAAUGGUCCACCUCAAAAUCUUGAGGUGCAGUACUCGUUUAGUAACUUCUCAUUUAAGAAUUUAUCUCAGCUAGUGACUAUAAAUUUUGAUAUGAUGCAUAAGAACUCCAAAGAUUCACCCAAUGACUCCAACCCAUCUGUUCCACCAUGAUAUAGCUAAAGAGGUUUGUAAAUUUCUCUGAGCAGUAAGGUUCAAAUUGGAGGACUUCUGGUAGAAAACAGUAUGGACAUUUUUAGUAUUAAUACUAAUCCAUGUGAUUAUUACUAUAGUAUUAAUAUCAUUAUGUGCCUCAGUAAUUCUUUUUUGAUUUCUGCUACCUUUUUAGUUUAGAAUGCCUAUCAUUUUUUAUACGUUCAUUUUUUUUAGUAUAAAAUAAUGAAGAGCAUUCCUUGUAGAAAAUCCAUCUUGAAGAUUCUGGAUAGAUUUAAUUCAUGUACAUACACAUAUAUAAUAUAUCUAUUUCAGUAGAAUAAUCAAUAGAUAAAAGUGAAAUGUAGUUUUUUUUUAUUCUUGGCAUUUCAUGUGCAUUUUUAUACACAUAUAAUUCUACA